GAAACCCCAAGAAAUAUGGAUCCGACCAUCGAUUCCAAUCUUGUUUCCGAGCCUGUUGAGACGGAAAAAUGCAAGAAAAGAGUGCGAUCGCCGUCGCCGUCGUAUAAUUUGGUGUCGUUCAAGGAGUUGCCGGACUACAUGAAGGACAAUGAGUUUAUUCUUAAUCACUAUAAGGUUAACUUGCCCCUCAAAGAAGCACUCUUUAGCAUCUUUCGUUGGCAUAACGAAACACUUAAUGUUUGGACGCAUUUACUUGGGUUUGUUCUAUUUCUGGGAUUAACAUUGACGAAUUUGAUUGAAGUCCCACAGGUGUCUGAUCUCAUUGCCUUCUUUACCAGGUCUUACCUGUGAAUGGAGACAUCAAUGUUUCUCAUCAUUCUCGAGACCUCUUUGUGAGAACAAUGAAUCUCGUCGAUUUGAAGCCAGAAUCAGACAUUACGCCCGUAACGCGGUGACCGUUCUUCGUAUUCUUAGCCGGCACCAUGUUCUGCCUCCUAUCUAGUAGCAUUUGCCACCUCUUUUCUUGCCACUCGCACCAUCUCAGCGUGUCGCUGUUGCGACUCGACUUCACUGGGAUCACCACCAUGAUCGUCACGUCGUUUUUCCCACCAAUCUAUUACGCUUUCCCAUGUGACACGAAAUGGCAAUUCAUCCACCUCGGUGCGAACAUGGGUCUAGGCUUGUUUACCAUUGUGACAAUGCUAUCACCUGCCUUGUCGACCAAGAAAUUCCGAGGGUUUCGAGCUUUACUCUUCUCUUCCAUGGCGCUCUUCGGCAUUAUCCCCGGUAUCCAUGCCGUAAUCAUCAACUGGUCUAAUCCACACC